CGUUCGAUCAGUUCCUACAAUAACAAGUACUUAACAACACAAUUAAUUCUAGCUAGCUACUUUCUUUUUAUAUAGAUAGCUAGCUACUUUCAAUCUCUUCACCAUUCUCUCUCCCCUACAAUCAUAAUCACAAAUUAACCAACACCAUGAAGCAAAUUGUGGUGCUCAGGGUGUCCAUGGAUGGGCAGAAGUCUUUUUUCUGUAUUAUGGCCGGACAGGAGGCCCGCACCAAAGCCAUGAAGAUUGCAGUUAGCGUUCCAGGGGUGGAAGCAGCAAGUUUGAAAGGGAACGACAAGGACCAGAUAGAGGUGAAAGGGGAAGGGAUUGACACCGUCAAACUUACGAAGUUGAUCCGGAAGAAAGUGGGGCAUGCAGAUAUAGUAAGCGUGGCGGAAGAGAAGAAAGAAGAUAAGAAAGAAGAGAAGAAAGAAGAUAAAAAGGAUGGGGCGGCAGUGCAAGUGGUGUGGCCGUACGCGAGUGGUGUGCCUAAUUACCACCCAAUCUAUCACGAGAUGAACCAGGAGUACCCCUACAAUCCUUCCUGCUCCAUCAUGUGACUAUUUAUUUAUUUGUCAAUAUAUAAUAGGGAGAGUACGUAGCCCGUUUAGUAAUCAA